AUGUCCUACACCGGAUCCGCCAACGACGAUCCAAACGGACCAUCUAGCGCCCCUCUUCCGCCAGCCCACGACCGCGCCGAGCCUGAGCCUGAGCCUACUAGUACCAGAGCGCUCUUCCACUCAACCACCGGCUCGAGCGUCACGCACACCCCAGUCCUCAUGGUCGCCCCAGACGGGCAGCUUCCCGUCAAUAUCUACUCUCACGCAACGAAGGAGCACCAGACGGCGCACAGCUUCAUCGCAUCAGGGACUGCCUCCUCGCUCGUGCAGUACCGGGACCUCAUAGAGGCGCUCGGUAGGGAAUCGCUAAAGGCAGAUACAGUCGAUCCACCUCGUGCAGAGUCGGAGAAGAAGCCAUCCAAGGAGUCGGCGCAGCAGGAUGAGGGAAUUAGCGAGGCCCGUAAACGGAUGUUUCCCUGA